UUUUCUACUCAGCCAACAAACUAACAUGCGCCGGGGCUGUGUACAUAGUCGGUGGCCGGCGCCACCGGUAUCGUCGGCGCUUCUUCUCCCCUUCGCCGCCGCUUCUCUCCUCUUCCUUAUCCUCUUCAUUAAUGCCAGUCCGGUCGCCGGGUGGCGUCCAUGGCCAAAUCAACAAGCAAACACCUUAGCCAACACCACGGCUGACCUUGUUGAGUUCGGUGGCUCCAAGAAGUACGAAGGCUCCUCCGAGUUCGUUCACCUCAGGUACCACAUGGGUCCUGUCCUUACCAACACCAUCACCGUCCACACUAUCUGGUAUGGCCGAUGGCGUAAAUCCCAAAAACGCAUCAUCCGUGGCUUCCUCAACUCCAUCUCCGCCGCCCAUUCCAAGCACCCUUCCGUAGCCGGGUGGUGGAAAACGGUCCAACUCUACACCGACCAGACCGGAGCCAACAUCAGCCACCAUGUCCGCCUCGGAGAAGAGAAGAACGACCGUUUCUACUCCCACGGCAAGGUUUUCACUCGUCUUUCCCUCCAAUCUAUCAUCAAAAGCGCCAUCACCGCCAGAACCAGACCCUUACCAAUCAACCCAAAGAGCGGUCUCUACCUGCUCUUCACAUCCGACGAUGUUCAGGUACAAGAGUUCUGCGGCCAGAUUUGUGGUUUCCAUUACUUCACUUUCCCUUCAAUCGUUGGCUACACGUUGCCUUUCGCCUGGGUGGGCAACUCGGCCACCCAAUGCCCAGGUGUGUGCGCGUACCCAUUUGCGGUGCCGUCGUACAUUCCGGGGUUGAAGCCGGUGAGAUCACCAAAUAGUGAUGUGGGUGUGGACGGGAUGAUAAGUGUGAUAGCCCAUGAGAUAGCGGAACUAUCGACGAACCCUUUGGUGAACGCUUGGUAUGCAGGGCAAGACCCAACUUUUCCGACGGAGAUCGCCGAUCUUUGUGAGGGGAUUUACGGUACUGGAGGUGGAGGAUCUUAUACAGGGCAGAUGCUGGAGGGAGAAGACGGAGCUACAUACAACAUGAAUGGUGUGAGGAGAAGGUUUUUGGUUCAGUGGGUGUGGAACCCAGUUCUGAAUUAUUGCUCUGGCCCAAAUGCACUCGAUCAGUAAUAGCAGUAAGUCAGGACAGUUCAGUAGG